AUGGAAGAAGGAUCCCCUGGUGUCUUUCCCAAGCUUUCUCGUGUGACGAAGAGGGUUCGGGCUGCUGCAGAUUGCGAUUCUGAGUACGAUGUGGAGUCGGGUUCCAAUCCAAUUUCGAUGCAGGGGUUGAUGCAAGCAACUAAGAUGGAUCUGAGGCCAGAAUCUGAGCAUAUUUCUAGGCCGACGGCUGAUCUGGUGAAUGAAUCUAAUGGUAAUAUGAUGCCUAAUUUUUUACCUGGUAUUCAUAGCUUUCGUGAUAAAUUGAUGAAUAAAGUUAAUAUGACCAAAAAUGUGGGGAUUGCUAUUAACUGCUUGGAUACUGAUUAUGAGGGUUUGAAUGAUGAGGAUGAUGUGUUCAUUUCUCGUGCUCAGAAAUGGAGUUUGGUGGGAGGGUGGAAGCUUAUUGACUUGGUGAAUGAUUAUUUUGUUGUGAGAUUUGAUCUGGAAGAGGACUUAAAUUUUGUGUUGACUGGAGGGCCUUGGAUGAUUGCGGGGCAAUACUUAACCAUACAACAAUGGCGGCCUGGUUUCUGCCCUUCUACUGCACACAUCACAAGAAUGGCUGCUUGGAUUCGAGUAUCUGCCAUGCAGCUUGAAUGUUUUGAUGUUUGGUCUCUUAAGAGGAUUGGCAACCUUCUUGGUAAAUUGCUGAAAAUUGAUUCGUUGACUACUUCGCAAAAUAGGGGUAAGUUUGCUCGUUUAUGUGUGGAGUUGGAUCUAACUAAACCCCUUGAUGCCUUUGUGCAAAUAAAUCAGAACUGGUACAAUAUUGAGUAUGAGGGAUUACCUGAUAUUUGCUAUCUAUGUGGGUGUUAUGGUCAUAAAAGGGAGAGUUGUACUCUGAAAUCUGUGAAUUUGUCCGAUGAGGCUGGGAAAGCUCAAGGUGCAGGAGUGGGACCUAUGAAUCAUGACUCUGUUGGGGUUACAGAAACUGUGAAGAUGGCUGAGGAUAGCUUGCGAGGCCCUUGGAUGAAUGUGCAACCUAGAAGGCGACCAAAAACUAUUCAUAAGGAUGUUCCUGGGCAGGGUUCUGGUGGAAGGAACAAAGGGUCUCGUUUUGAUGCUCUUAAUGAGAUUGGUGAAGAUUUUGACAUAAGUAGGCCCGAUAAUGUUAACCAAGUUCCGACGAGGGGUGUCCCUAUUUUUAAAUCUGUGGAGGAAGUUGGUCAGAAAGUUUGGACUAAGUCUAAACAUGCUAAAUCGGGUUCUAGGCCUGUUCUAAAUGAUAUCUCCAAUAAGAAUGUGCAAAAAGUCUUUAAUAGUAAGGUAAUGGAUAAGAGUUCGGGCUCUUCUGAUAAGUUUACAAUGGGGGCUUCUCGACAUUCUCGUAAUCAAGUUGUUGGUGGUAGGAAGCCUUCUACUCUUAGUGCUGUCACUGAGCAUUUGGAUAGUUGGGGUGAUGGUCAGCAUAUUCAUCAAGAGAAAGGGGUUUAUAUUUUUGGGCAUCAACCUCCAAAUAUAACAACACAUUCGGAAUUUCAUGAUGAGGAUACUAUUCUUCAUGAGGAUGCUUCAGAGUAUGAUGAUGAUAAUGUUCUUGUGCCUAGAGGGAUUGAUCUGCUGGGGCAAGUUGCGAAGAUGGAUUUGGUUGAAGGCCAAACUAGCACUUCUGGUGGAAAUUUGACUAGUACUACCUUCAACACGGUUGAAGGUAUGGCUUUUGAUGCUUAA